AUUUCGCUUCAAAUGGCUCAUUCGCACCCCUGACUUGCGAAGAGUAAUCGAAAUUUUGUUAUAAUUUGACAAGUGCGCGAAAAACUAAGUGUGAUUUUUUUUUAUUCAAACAAUCCCAAAUAAAAAAUCUCAUUAAAGUUUCUCAAAUAUUGGAUAAAUGUAUUGCACUAGAAUUGAUUAGUUAAAAGUGUGAAACGAAGUUGAGGUUCGUGUGAAACGAAGUUGAGGUUCUUCCCUUUGAUAAUUGCAUUUAGUGUAAACCAGUUGUUUGUGGUUUAUAUCACAAAUUCUCCAGCUUUGUGAUGCAUCAGACCAUUUACCGUCGACCGGUUACAAAUUUCAUGGGACCCAAUGAAUGCGCCAGCGCCAUGGUCUCCACAAUGUCUUUCAUGGAUAACGGUGGUUUGAGUACAAACAUUGCGGACUAUGGCUGUUAUACAACGGAUUAUUGGGCUACCUCCUAUACCGGUGGACUGAGUCCGAUGAAGCAGAUCGAAGCCUGCAUACAGACUGCGGGCAAAGAUCGCACUUCAUACAAGCCACUCGAGCACAUCGACGCCAAAAUGUCAGACAUUGAGACGCAAAGUAAUAAUAGCAGCGGUGGCAACAGCAUCAGCAGCAACAUUGGAAGCACUUGCUCAGACAGCACCAGCAACAGCAACAGCAACAACAAUAAUAACAAUAGUUAUAGCAAUGAUAAUGGCAGCAACAGUAUUACAACACAAAGCAAAAAAUAUAAGAGCAACAAAAAGGAUGCAAAUACAACAAAUGGCAACAACAACAGCGGCAGUAAAAGUGAGGAACCAAUGCAUCCGACGUUGGCGCAGGCAGUGGUUGUGCUGGAAACUAAAGCUUUGUGGGAUAAAUUCCAUGAGCAAGGCACAGAAAUGAUUGUCACCAAGACUGGCAGGCGCAUGUUUCCCACAUUUCAGGUACGGAUCGGUGGAUUGGAUCCGCAGGCGACCUACAUAAUGAUGAUGGACUUUGUGCCGGUCGAUGAUAAACGCUAUCGCUAUGCAUUCCACAACUCAAGUUGGGUGGUCGCUGGCAAAGCGGACCCCAUUUCCCCGCCUCGCAUACACGUUCACCCCGAUUCACCAGCACCAGGUGCGAAUUGGAUGAAACGAAUCAUCUCAUUUGACAAACUUAAACUGACCAAUAAUCAACUGGAUGAGAAUGGACAUAUAAUUUUAAACUCCAUGCAUCGAUACCAGCCACGUUUUCACAUCGUCUACCUGCCACCGAAAAAUAACUCGCUGGACGAAACGGAGCAUUCGAGUCACUUUCGCACAUUUAUCUUUCCGGAGACAUCAUUUACCGCCGUCACUGCUUAUCAAAAUCAACGAGUUACACAAUUAAAAAUUGUUAGUAAUCCCUUUGCUAAAGGCUUUCGUGAUGAUGGGACUAAUGAUGUCGCUGGUUCGAUGGGUAUGUCUCAGAUGAGUCAUGAAAGUCAGGCUAGAAUGAAGCAGCAUAACGCGCAACAGCAUCAUCAUCAUCAUCAUCACCAGCAGCAGCAACAACAACAACAACAAUUGAAAGCCAGCAAAGAUGCAAAUUUAGCAGUAGCUGAAUUGGAAAAUCAUCAGAACGCAUUGAUCUCAGCACAUGUGAUUCAACCAGUAACCGAUUCACCGAGCGCACCAGUCGCCACAAACACCACCAAUACAUCACCCGAGUUGCUUAACUACCAACAGUGCCUUUCCAGUGGCGUCAGCAGCAGCAGUAUUACUGGUCAUAUGACCAGUAACGGUUUAAUACCUCCAACCAAUAGCCAUCAUCCUCAUCCUCAUCACCACAGCCACAGCCACAGCCACAGUAUCUCACCGAAAGUUGAACAUACAGCAACAGCAACAGUUAUGCCAGGCACAUCAACCGCGAAUGCCGCUGCCAGCGGUAAUAUUCCCAGCCCCUACAGCCAUGUCACACUGGCCGCACACAAUGGCGAUAGUAGUGGCACAAAUGCUGCUAGCCUAAUGCCGCCCCAUACGCACGCCCACACACAUCACUCACACUUGAAUAUGAAUCUCAGCGCCGCUGCACAAAGUCAAAUGAUGCCGACGGCAGUGUCACAGUCGCAUGUGCCUCCUUCUCACUCACAAAUGAUGGCCGCAAAUAUUUACUCGACAAUUGGGCAGCCAUAUGCUAGCGAGAAUAGCAAUUUUGGUGCCAUCUAUCAUCAUCAGCACUAUCACAGCAGCUAUGCAAGUCCCUAUGAUAAGCUGAAGGUAACCGGUCAUAUGCGUCAGGCAUCAGCCGCUGCGGCUGGCAGUCCCACGGCGAUGGCUUCAGCAGCGGCUAAUGCUUAUAAUAUCAGCAGCUAUCAGUCAUUCUAUGGUUCACCGCAUCAAAUGAUGCGUCCAAAUAGUUACAUUGAUUUGGUGCCGAGGUAAAUGUUCCAAAGGGCAGCAAUACAUAGAAGCAGCGGCAAUCAUCCAUAGUUAGAAAUGUAAGAACCAGUGAAAUGUUGCAAUAAGUAAAAGUCAAUUACAUAACAUAUUUUUAUGUUGAGUGCAGUUGAAAAAGUAAAAAUUUACUAAUUUUGAAAUUGAAUAAUUAAAAGUAUUAAG